CUCGCUUGGUUUUACACCCUGCUAUUUCCCUCGAUCCGUUCUAACCCGAAUCCGAACCAAGCACAUACGGAGCGGACCGACGCCCAUUAAGCGAACGCUCGACCGCCACUUUGUCCUACGCCAAUUGCUUCCGAUUCCGCCCAAAAUAACUGAUUGGUGCUUGCCGUCGCCCAGCCCCACCGCGCCAAGAACCCCUUAGCGUCGAGCGAAAGAAAGAGACAAAUUAACAUUGAUGGAGAAAAGCAAUGAAGUAGAACGAAAAAGAGAGCAGAAGGCAGAAUUCGACGCAUCGGAGAUAGAAUAUGUAAGCUACGGCGGCGAACACCACUUACCACUAAUUAUGGGACUCGUCGACCAAGAGCUCAGCGAGCCCUACUCCAUCUUCACAUACCGUUACUUCGUCUAUCUAUGGCCUCAGCUUUCUUUCCUGGCAUUUCACAAAGGAAAAUGCGUCGGGACUGUAGUUUGCAAGAUGGGGGAGCAUCGGAAUACAACGUUUAGGGGCUACAUUGCAAUGUUAGUUGUCAUCAAACCUUACCGUGGAAAAGGCAUUGCCACUGAACUUGUUACCAGAUCUAUUAAAGUAAUGAUGGAAUCAGGAUGUGAAGAGGUGACGUUAGAAGCAGAAGUCACAAACAAAGGAGCACUUGCUUUAUAUGGCCGUCUAGGGUUUAUUAGAGCAAAACGGCUAUUCCGGUACUAUCUGAAUGGUGUUGAUGCAUUUCGCCUGAAGCUACUAUUCCCCCAACCGGAGUUGCACCCAUCUCUGCCUAUGGCAGCCUGUAUAGAAGAUAGCGAUGGGCAUAAUGACCGUCUUCUGGUAGAAGGGUGUUCUGAACCUCGUAUUGGCUUGUAACUGUAUUUUUUGGAAAUGGAAGUUUUGACUUUAAUUUUUUAGUAGAAAGUUUUGCCAUACUUUGAACUGAA